AUGGCUGAUGGUGAACCGGAUUUCUCUUCCUUGCCGCUACCCGACCGGUUCGCCCAUAAGAACUGGAAGGUCCGUAAGGAAGGAUACGAAGAAGCCAAAGCAGAAUUUGAAAAGACACCUGAUGAGUCACACCCUACAUUUACGCCAUUUCUUCAAGACCCCGGGUUGUGGAAAGGGGCAGUUGCAGAUUCCAAUGUCGCUGCGCAGGUGGAGGGUCUAACUGCAUACUGUGCAUUCUUAAAAUUCGGUGGCGCCCAAGCAUGCUCAAGGACACGAAACACCACCAUCGGUCCGAUUGCGGAGAAAGGUCUCCCGUGUGCCAGACCCGUCGGUAAAGCCAGUGCACAAGAGGCUCUGUUAUUAUGUGUCGAACUCGAUAAAGCCGACCCAGUCCUCGAAGAACUUUUGCCCGCCCUAUCACACAAAGUACCCAAAGUCGUCGCCGGUACAUUGACUGCUCUGGGUCUCAUUUACCAUAACUUUGGGUGCAAGAUUGUGGACCCCAAGCCAACACUAAAGGCUUUAACCAAGGUCUUUGGCCAUGCAGACAAAAAUGUUCGUGCUGAGGCACAAAAUUUGACCGUGGAACUAUACCGUUGGCUUCGGGAAGCCAUGAAGCCUCUGUUUUGGAACGAUUUGAAGCCGGUUCAGCAACAGGAUCUAGAGAAGCUCUUUGAGAAUGUGAAACAAGAGGCGGCACCGAAACAAGAGCGAUUUACAAGAGCCCAACAAGAUGCGAUGGCCGUUGCCAGCGAAGCGCCGGACGAUGGCGGCGUUGAAGAAGAGGCAGGCGAUGAUAUCGACGAAGAUGGUGGAGAGGAGGAGGUACUCGACCUUGCAGAGCCUAUUGAUGUUAUGCCCAAGGUUCCCAAAGAUCUACAUGAUCAGCUCGCUUCAUCGAAAUGGAAAGAUCGCAAAGAAGCGUUGGAUGCGCUUUACAACGUGAUCAAUGUUCCCCGAAUCAAGGAUGGACCAUAUGAUGAAAUUGUGAGAGGCUUGGCUAAGUGUAUGAAGGAUGCAAACGUUGCGGUCGUAACGGUAGCUGCCAACUGUGUGGACCUUCUGGCUAGCGGUCUGCGUACGGCUUUUAUGAAGCACCGAGCGACCAUCAUGGCCCCGAUGUUGGAGCGUCUCAAGGAAAAGAAGCAAGCCGUGGCCGAUGCUUUAGGCAAUGCACUGUAUGCUGUGUUCUCAUCGACAACUCUUGCAGACUGCCUUGAAGAUAUUUUGGAAUAUCUCAAGCAUAAAAACCCACAAGUGAAGCAGGAGACAGUUAAAUUCCUGAUUCGCUGCCUUCGCAACACUCGCGUCGUUCCAGCAAAGCCCGAAAUCAAAUCGAUUGCUGAUGCAGGUACCAAAUUAUUGACGGAAUCAACAGAAGCUAUGCGUUCUGGUGGUGCGGAGACCCUGGGCACUCUGAUGAAGAUUCUUGGCGAGCGAGCCAUGAACCCUUAUCUUGAUGGCUUGGAUGAGAUCCGGAAGACUAAAGUUAAGGAAUUUUUCGAGACUGCACAGGUGAAGGCUAAGGACCGCCCCAAGCCUAUUGCACCCCCUCCAAAGGCUGCACCGGCCGCCCGAAAAGCUAUGCCUGGCAAGAAGCCACCAAUGGGGCUGAAAAAACCAGCACCUGCCGCACCCCCAGUGGAAGAGGCUCCGGCUAAGCCUGCUCCUAGGGGCAUUCCCUCUAAGCUUGGCGGGAUUCCAAAGACCGGUACAGGACUUGCUCCCCCAGGCUCGAAGCUUCGAAGCAAACUUGGUGGACCAGGAGGUGUAGCUUCACCACAAAGGCGUGCCGCUCCUCCUCCCGUAGAGGAGGAAGCACCCCCUCCCCCAGCGGCACCAAAAUUUGGCAUGGGCCGCGGUCUAGCUGGUCGUCCCAUUGCAAAGCCCGCAGCAGCCGAGCCGGCACCUGCUCCAGCUCCAGCUGUGAGCGGUAUCUCUGCGGCUGAACGUGCUGAGCUCGAGGAACUUCGUGCGGACAAGGAGAGAUCUGCUCGCACAAUCGAAGAUUUGAAGGCCGAGCGCUCAAAGUUCAACAAUGAGCUUACUGAGCUCCAAAAUCAAAAUGCACAGUUGAUUGAGGACCACACCCGGGACGUCUUAAGCAUUAAAGCAAAGGAAACACAAUUGGUUCGUGCACGGAGUGACGCCGAAACUGCCGAGGCCAACGUCCAGAAACAACAAAGGGAGAUUGAAAGAUUGAAGCGCGAGCUCGCAAGAGCCCUUCGUGCAACAGCCCUAAGCCCACCCAAUGCUUCGUCAGAAACAGGCAGCAUUGGCAUCCCCGAUGCAGCAUCCAUGUACCAAGAAUCAGGUAGCAACGGCCACGCCGCAGCAGCGCGAUCAGGUCUUCAUAUGGGGUCUCGUUUUGAAGGUUCUCGACCCCGAAGCUAUGCCUCCGCUAGCCCGAGUGAAGAGAAGGAAAACACUGGCCUCGAAUCACCAGGCUUCGGCAGCCGAGAGAGUGGACUUGGUCGACGCAAGCUGAGCCCUAGUUACGGGUACUCCGCCGUUGGCAGUCCAACUCGCUCAUCAACUCGGACAUCUGCCAAUGCCACAGAAGAAGAUCAGCCUCGAUCAGCAGAACCCGCAGAGAACUGGAAGCGGGCUGCUGAAGUAACUAGUCAACUCAAAGCACGAAUCGAACAAAUGAAGGCACGACAAGGACUUUCACGACCCCCAGCGCAACGUUAA